AUGUCGGCUGCGAUUGCAGCUCUCGCUGCUUCUUAUGGUUCGGGUUCAGGGUCCGAAUCGGACUCGGACAGUGAGGGCGGGCGGUGUUCCCUGCCAGCCGCGGAUUCCCUCAUGCACUUAACUAAAUCGUCUUCGGAUAAGCCCUCUCUGGCAGUGGCAGUGGACUCCGCUCCGGAGGUGGCAGUUAAGGAAGAUUUGGAGACUGGAGUUCACCUUGACCCUGCCGUCAAAGAGGUUCAGUAUAAUCCUACCUAUGAGACCAUGUUUGCUCCUGAGUUUGGACCAGAAAAUCCCUUCAGAACCCAGCAAAUGGCUGCCCCUAGAAAUAUGCUUUCUGGAUAUGCUGAACCAGCCCAUAUCAAUGAUUUUAUGUUUGAACAGCAAAGAAGAACUUUUGCCACUUAUGGUUAUGCAUUGGACCCUUCAUUAGAUAAUCAUCAAGUGUCUACUAAAUAUAUUGGUUCUGUAGAAGAAGCUGAAAAAAAUCAAGGUUUAACUGUGUUUGAAACUGGUCAGAAGAAAAUAGAAAAGAGGAAAAAAUUUAAAGAAAAUGAUGCAUCUAAUAUUGAUGGUUUCUUGGGACCGUGGGCAAAAUAUGUGGACGAAAAAGAUGUAGCCAAACCUUCAGAAGAAGAACAAAAAGAAUUGGAUGAGAUUACAGCAAAGAGGCAGAAGAAAGGCAAACAGGAAGAAGAGAAACCUGGAGAGGAAAAGACAAUCUUACAUGUUAAAGAAAUGUAUGACUAUCAAGGCAGGUCCUAUCUUCACAUACCUCAGGAUGUUGGUGUUAAUCUGCGGUCAACUGUGCCACCUGAGAAAUGUUAUCUUCCCAAAAAACAAAUUCAUGUGUGGUCUGGACACACAAAGGGUGUCAGUGCAGUCAGAUUGUUUCCUCUCUCUGGCCAUUUGUUGCUGUCUUGUUCCAUGGACUGUAAAAUUAAGCUAUGGGAGGUUUAUGGAGACAGGCGCUGUCUGCGAACAUUUAUUGGUCACAGUAAAGCUGUUAGGGACAUCUGCUUUAACACUGCAGGGACACAGUUCCUCAGCGCAGCUUAUGACAGGUAUCUUAAGCUCUGGGACACUGAGACAGGACAGUGUAUAUCAAGAUUUACAAACCGAAAAGUGCCCUAUUGUGUCAAAUUUAAUCCUGAUGAAGAUAAGCAAAAUCUCUUUGUGGCUGGGAUGUCUGAUAAGAAGAUUGUGCAAUGGGACAUUCGAAGUGGAGAAAUUGUGCAGGAAUAUGAUCGGCAUUUGGGAGCUGUCAACACCAUUGUUUUUGUCGAUGAGAAUAGGAGAUUUGUAAGCACAUCUGAUGAUAAGAGCCUAAGAGUUUGGGAAUGGGAUAUCCCUGUGGAUUUCAAGUAUAUAGCAGAACCCAGUAUGCACUCAAUGCCUGCAGUGACUUUGUCUCCAAAUGGGAAAUGGCUAGCGUGCCAAUCAAUGGACAACCAAAUCUUAAUUUUUGGAGCACAGAACAGAUUUAGAUUGAAUAAGAAGAAAAUUUUUAAGGGCCAUAUGGUAGCCGGCUAUGCUUGUCAAGUAGACUUUUCACCAGACAUGAGCUAUGUGAUUUCAGGAGAUGGAAAUGGAAAGUUAAACAUUUGGGACUGGAAGACCACAAAACUCUACAGUAGAUUUAAAGCUCACGAUAAAGUGUGUAUAGGUGCAGUGUGGCAUCCUCAUGAAACAUCUAAAGUCAUAACUUGUGGUUGGGAUGGUCUCAUUAAAUUGUGGGAUUAA